CCACUGACUCCUGAAGAAUUUGAAGUCAUUGAAGAGAUGCUCAGGGUGCUCUCUCCUUUUGACCAAGCCACAAGAGAACUCUCUGAGGAAAAAAGAGUCUCGGGGUCAAAGGUUAUUCCACUGAUGAGAAUGAUCCACAUUGAGCUUCAACGUCAAGCCUCAGCAUUAACAAAACCAGCUGCUCAAGAACUGGGUGCAAAUCUGAGAAGGCGGCUAACUGAGUCCAUCUGCAACAUGGAAUCACUCAGUGUGAUGACACUGGCAACACUGUUGGACCCCAGGUUUAAAACAGUUGGCUUCUUUAGUCCACAAAGAGCAACGGAAGCUGUUAAGAGGCUGAAGUCGGAGUGUGCUGCUGAAAUGAGGAGCCAUGAGCCUGACCCAGCAGAAGAACCGAGCUCUUCACAUGGAUCAGAACCCAGUUCAGGACACAAUCUCUGGAAACCUCUGGAUAUGGAAGUUGAGGAGAGCCGGAGGACAUCGAAUACAACAGCAGAUUCCAUAGUUGAAGUCCAACGCUACUUGGCAGAAAGCAACACACCCAGAACACAAGACCUGUUGCAGUAUUGGAAAAAUAACCAGAAAACAUAUCCACACCUUUAUCAACUGGCACUUAAAUAUUUAUGCACACCGUCUUCAUCUGUUCCCUGUGAACGAGUAUUUUCUAAGGCAGGGGAACUGGUGUCCAAGAGGAGAAACCGCCUUGGAGCAAAGACACUUCAGAAACUUUUGAUUCUCAAUAAAAAUGUAUGAAUGAAUCCAUUUUUAGUGUGUUAUUUCAUAUGAUUGAACACUUUGGUUAACAAGGAUGAGGUCAUAUUUUAAUUAAAAGACUAGCAAUUGAAUGAAGAUGAAAUAUUAUUUCACAGGCUAACGUUGGGUUGACAGCAUGCAAGAUUUUCCAUCUUUUCAUUUUGUUUACCUGCAAUGAUUUUAAAUCUACA